AUGACACAAAGGGGUACCAUGGGCGAAGCCGUGGGCAAGGCCACAGACGAUGCCACGGCAAAGCCAUGGGUGGCGCUAUGGCCAGUGGAGAAGGCGAUGCCAUGGAGGAGUUGGGCAUUGGAGUUGGGCGACGCCAUGGGGGAGCUAGGCGCCAGAGGACAGCUGGCUAGCAUUGGCAGAAGGCAAUCUGUGCAGUCUCUGAACUGGUUGAUUUUACCGGAAUUUGACAAGUGUAAAAGAGAAAUGAGUACCCGUGGAGUGUUUGUGUGUCGUACAUGCGGUUAUGGCUCCGCAAAGAACUUGGAAGAGUUUUCAACACAUGUACAAGCCUGUAAAGCUAAGGCGAACAAGAAGAAGAAGAAGGCGGAGGAGGAGGCAGCGGCUGCAGAGGCAGCAGCGGCAGCUGCGGCAAGUGCUGCAACAAAGAAACUUANGGCAGCGGCUGCAGAGGCAGCAGCGGCAGCUGCGGCAAGUGCUGCAACAAAGAAACUUAAACGGAAAUAA